AUGAACCCUGGUGGAAGUCAUCCCAUGGGUCAGGGGGGUGUGUCUGGGAACAACCAGGGGAUGAACUCCCCCCAGUACCCGGGACAGCAGCAGCAGUUCCCCAACAAGGGCCAGCAGAACCAGCAGAACCAGGCCUACAUGCAGCAGGGCCUGUACGGACCCAACAAGGGCCAGCAGAACCAGGCCUACAUACAGCAGGGCCUGUACGGACCCAGCAAGGGCCAGCAGAACCAGGCCUACAUGCAGCAGGGCCUGUACGGACCCAACAAGGGCCAGCAGAACCAGGCCUACAUGCAGCAGGGCCUGUACGGACCAACCAAGGGCCAGCAGAACCAGGCCUACAUACAGCAGGGCAGUACGGACCCCAACAAGGGCCAGCAGAACCAGGCCUACAUACAGCAGGGCCUGUACGGACCCAACAAGGGCCAGCAGAACCAGGCCUACAUACAGCAGGGCCUGUACGGACCCAACAAGGGCCAGCAGAACCAGGCCUACAUGCAGCAGGGCCUGUACGGACGCCAGGGCUACCAUGAGGGAGGAGGUGGCUUUGGGGGGAAGUGAGUGUGGGGAGUUUUUAUGGUAAAGUCCCUAAUGGCACCCUAUUCCCUAUAUAGUGCACUACUUUUGGUCAUAAAUUACCUAUAUAGUGCACUAUAUAGAGGGAAUAGGGUGCCAUUUGGGACACCUUCUGUGUUUUUAAAGUAGUGUAUAGGUGUACAGUGCCUUCGGAAAGUAUUCAGACCCCUUGACUUUUUCCACAUUUUGUUACGUUACAGCCUUAUUCUAAAAUGGAUUAAAUUGUUUUUUCCCCCUCAUCAAUCUACACACAAUACCCCAUAAUGACAAAGCAAAAACUGGUUUUUACAAAUGUUUGCUAAUUUAUAAAAAAUAAAAAAUAAAGGACAUUUACGUAAGGAUUCAGACCCUUUACUCAGUACUUUGUUGAAGCACCUUUGGCAGCAAUUACAGUCUUGAGUAUUCUUGGGUAUGACGCUACAAGCUUGGCACACCUGUAUUUGGGGAGUUUCUCCCAUUCUUCUCUGCAGAUCCUCUCAAGCUCUGUAAGGUUGGAUGGGAAGCGUUGCUGCACAGCUAUUUUCAGGUCUCUCCAGAGAUGUUCGAUCGGGUUCAAGUCCGGGCUCUGGCUGGGCCACUCAAGGACAUUCAGACUUGUCCCGAAGCCACUCCUACGUUGUCUUGGCUGUGUGCUUAGGGUUGUUGUCCUGUUGGAAGGUGAACCUUCGCCCCAGUCUGAGGUCCUGAGCACUCUGGAGCAGGUUUUCAUCAAGGAUCUCUCUGUACUUUGCUCUGUUCAUCUUUCCCUCGAUCCUGACUAGUCUCCCUGCCGCUGAAAUGCACCUCCACAGCAUGAUGCUGCCACCACCAUGCUUCACCGUAGGGAUGGUGCCAGGUUUCCUCCAGACAUGAUGCUUGGCAUUCAGGUCAAAGAGUUGAAUCUUGGUUUCAUCAGACCAGACAAUCUUGUUUCUCAUGGUCUGAGAGUCUUUAGGUGCCUUUUGGCAAAAUCAAAGCAGGCUGUCAUGUGCCUUUUACAUUUACAUUUACAUUUACAUUUACGUCAUUUAGCAGACGCUCUUAUCCAGAGCGACUUACAAAUUGGUGCAUUCACCCUAUAGCCAGUGGGAUAACCACUUUACAAUAUGUUUUUUUUUAUUUUAUUAAAAAAAAAUUUAGGGGGGGUAGAAGGAUUACUUUAUCCUAUCCCAGGUAUUCCUUAAAGAGGUGGGGUUUCAAAUGUCUCCGGAAGGUGGUGAGUGACUCCGCUGUCCUGGCGUCGUGAGGGAGCUUGUUCCACCAUUGGGGUGCCAGAGCAGCGAACAGUUUUGACUGGGCUGAGCGGGAACUAUGCUUCCGCAGAGGAAGGGGAGCCAGCAGGCCAGAGGUGGAUGAACGCAAUGCCCUCGUUUGGGUGUAGGGACUGAUCAGAGCCUGAAGGUACAGAGGUGCCGAUCCCCUCACAGCUCCAUAGGCAAGCACCAUGGUCUUGUAACAGAUGCGAGCUUCAACUGGAAGCCAGUGGAGUGUGCGGAGGAGCGGGGUGACGUGAGAGAACUUGGGAAGGUUGAACACCGGAUGGGCUGCGGCAUUCUGGAUGAGUUGUAGGGGUUUAAUGGCACAGGCAGGGAGCCCAGCCAACAGCGAGUUGCAGUAAUCCAGACGGGAGAUGACAAGUGCCUGGAUUAGGACCUGUGCCGCUUCCUGUGUAAGGCAGGGUCGUACUCUCCGAAUGUUGUAGAGCAUGAACCUGCAGGAUCGGGUCACCGCCUUGAUGUUAGCGGGAGAACGACAGGGUGUUGUCCAGGGUCACGCCAAGGCUCUUCGCACUCUGGGAGGAGGACACAACGGAGUUGUCAACCGUGAUGGCGAGAUCAUGGAACGGGCAGUCCUUCCCCGGGAGGAAGAGCAGCUCCGUCUUGCCAAGGUUCAGCUUGAGGUGGUGAUCCGUCAUCCAUACUGAUAUGUCUGCCAGACAUGCAGAGAUGCGAUUCGCCACCUGGUUAUCAGAAGGGGGAAAGGAGAAGAUUAGUUGUGUAUCGUCAGCGUAGCAAUGAUAGGAGAGGCCAUGUGAGGAUAUGACAGAGCCAAGUGACUUGGUGUAUAGGGAGAAUAGGAGAGGGCCUAGAACUGAGCCCUGGGGGACACCAGUGGUGAGUGCACGUGGUGCGGAGACAGCUUCUCGCCACGCCACUUGGUAGGAGCGACCGGUCAGGUAGGACGCAAUCCAGGAGUGAGCCGCGCCGGAGAUGCCCAGCUCGGAGAGGGUGGAGAGGAGGAUCUGAUGGUUCACAGUAUCAAAGGCAGCAGACAGGUCUAGAAGGACAAGAGCAGAGUAGAGAGAGUUAGCUUUAGCAGUGCGGAGAGCCUCCGUGACACAGAGAAGAGCAGUCUCAGUUGAAUGACCAGUCCUGAAACCUGACUGGUUUGGAUCAAGAAGGUCAUUCUGAGAGAGAUAGCAAGAGAGUUGGCUAAAGACGGCACGCUCAAUAGUUUUGUAAAGAAAAGAAAGAAGGGAUACUGGUCUGUAGUUGUUGACAUCAGUGGGAUCGAGUGUUGGUUUUUUGAGAAGGGGUGCAACUCUCGCUCUCUUGAAGACGGAAGGGACAUAGCCAGCGGUCAAGGAUGAGUUGAUCAGCGAGGGUGAGGUAGGGGAGAAGGUCACCGGAGAUGGUCUGGAGAAGAGAGGAGGGGAUGGGGGUCAAGCGGGGCAGGUUGUUGGGCGGCCUGCAGUCACAAGUCGCAGGAUUUUAUCUGGAGAGAGAGGGGGAGAAAGAAGUCAAAGCAUAGGGUUAGGGCAGUGUGAGCAGGACCAGCAGUGUCAUUAGACUUAACAACGAGGAUCGGAUGUCGUCAACCUUCUUUUCAAAGUGGUUGACGAAGUCGUCCACAGAGAGAGAGGGGGGGGGGGGGGGGGGGGGGGUUAGGGUUAGGGUUAGGGUUAGGGUUAGGGUUAGGAUAGGGGACACAGAGAGUCAAAGGAUGCAGAAAGGGAGGAGAGGAGGGUUGAGGAGGCAGAAUCAGGAGAUUGGAGGGAGAAGGAUUGAGCAGAGGGAAGAGAUGAUAGGAUGGAAGAGGAGAGAGUAGUGGGAGAGAGAGAGCGAAGGUUGCGGCGGCGCAUUACCAUCUGUGUAGGGGCAGAGUGAGUAGUGUUGGAGGAGAGCGAGGAGAGAAAAGGAUACAAAGUAGUGGUCGGAGACAUGGAGGGGAGUUGCAGUGAGAUUAGUAGAAGAGCAGCAUCUAGUAAAGAUGAGGUCAAGCGUAUUGCCUGCCUUGUGAGUAGGGGGGGGACGGUGAGAGGGUGAGGUCAAAAUAGGAGAGGAGUGGAAAGAAGGAGGCAGAGAGAAAUGAGUCAAAUGUAGACGUAGGGAGGUUGAAAUCCCCCAAAACUGUGAGGGGUGAGCCAUCCUCAGGAAAGGAACUUAUCAAGGCGUCAAGCUCAUUGAUGAACUCUCCAAGGGAACCUGGAGGGCGAUAGAUGACAAGGAUAUUAAGCUUAAAUGGGCUAGUGACUGUGACAGCAUGGAAUUCAAAUGAGGAGAUAGACAGAUGGGUUAGGGGAAAAAUUGAGAAUGUCCACUUGGGAGAGAUGAGGAUUCCUGUGCCACCACCCCUCUGACCAGAUGCUCUCGGGGUAUGUGAGAACACAUGGUCAGACGAGGAGAGAGCAGUAGGAGUAGCAGUGUUUUCAGUGGUAAUCCAUGUUUCCGUCAGCGCCAGGAAGUCGAGGGACUGGAGGUUAGCAUAGGCUGGGAUGAAGUCAGCCUUGUUGGCAGCAGAACGGCAGUUCCAGAGGCUGCCUGAGACCUGGAACUCCAGGUGUGGGGUGCGCGCAGGGACCACCAGGUUAGAGAGGCAGCAGCCACGCGGGUGUGAGGCGUUUGUGUAGCCUGUGCGGAGAGGAGAGAACAGGGAUAGGCAGAGGCAUAGUUGACAGGCUGUAGCAAAUGGCUACAAUAAUGCAGAGGAGAUCGGAAUGAAAUGAACUAAACAUCUGGGAAAGGAGAGAGUAUGGCCUCCCUCACCAAAACUCCCAAAUAUAACUCACCCAACUUCCACCUCAGAAACUAUAAUUGUUUCACUGAACCACCCGAAUAAAAACUCUCCCAACUUCCACUUUAGAAAUUAGAAUUGUUGUGAACUACAGCGGUUCAAUGUUUCAAGGAAUAGACUCAACUUACUUUAUUCAGCUAGCUAACUAUGACGCCAUAGCUAACUAGCAUGCUAGCAUCCAAUAACACACAGUUUAGCACCAAUACUUGGUUACAACAAACUACCAAUAGUGUGUUAACACACUAAACAGAUAAUUCGUGUCCGUGUCUAGUUCCUUUCAUAACGCAGCAAUAAUUAAACGUUGGCUAGCUAGCACAAAUAUAUUGUAUUUAGCUGCUACAGUACAGCUAGCUGGUCGUGUUGGCUAGCUAGCAAUGGCUGCUGUGUUGACUUUGUUUGAAAAACGGCGGCGCUGCGAACAAAUGUAGCUGGCUAAAAUGAUAUUGUAUCUAGUUGCUACCGUUGCUAAUAGCUACUCGCCAGCUAGUCCGGGAGGUGAGUUAGCUAGCUAGCUAGCUUCGUGCUACACCCGGCACCGCCGAAUACAAUGCUAACCUACAAUAACUACCCACAACAGCCCACGAUGCCUACCUACAUUACCUAACUACAAUCUAAAUACAUAAUUUAAGCCUUACUCGACAAAGCCCAAGCUAUGUAUAAAGCCAAACUUACCCGACGCCAGCUGUCUGGGUGGCAGACAAGAAGACAUUUGUCUUCUGCAAUCAGUAGCUGUAAUUAAGUACAGUAGCUACUAACUACCUAACGUUAAUGCCUCAGAUAAUGAGGUUAGAAAAACAGCUGAAUGGUAGGUAGCUAGCUGGCUUAAUUACAGGUACUCUUAAGCGUGAAAUAACAUUGGAAACAACUAUCCACCGUUGCUAAAAGUUACCAGUAGCUACCCGCUAGCUAGCUAGCUUUAUUGGUCCAGGUAGUGGGUUAGCUAGCCUCGUGCUUCGCCGGGCUCCGCCGUAUACAAUACUUACCUACAAUAAUUACCUACAAUAACCUACAAUAACUACCUAAAUAAACUACCUACAAUACCUAACUACAACUACCUACCUACAAUCUAAAUACAUGGUUUAAGCUUUACUCAACACCAUAUAAGAAGCCAAGCUUACCUCCUGCUAGAGAAAACACAACCUCUCCCUCAUUAUUCACGAUUCACUAAUUGACUGACAUAAGAGAAAAACUGCAGAUGCAACCAAAUUUCGAAAUUGCACUUUCUAACUCGCAACUGUAAGUUGCGACCCCGACUGAGUGGCUUCCGUCUGGACACUCUACCAUAAAGGCCUGAUUGGUGGAGUGCUGCAGAGAUGGUUGUCCUUCUGGAAGGUUCUCCCAUCUCCACAGAGGAACUCCAGAGCUCUGUCAGUGACCAUCAGGCUCUUGUUCACCUCCCUGACCAAGGCCCUUCUCCCCCAAUUGUUCCGUUUGGCUGGGCAGCCAGCUCUAGGAAGAGUCUUGGUGGUUGCAAACUUCUUCCAUUUAUGAAUGAUGAAGGCCACUGUGUUCUUGGGGACCUUCAAUGCUGUAGACAUUUUUUGGUACCCUUCCCCAGAUCUGUGCCUCGACACAUUCCUGUCUCGGAGCUCUACAGACAAUUAUUUCGAUCUCAUGGCUUGGUUUUUGCUCUGACAUGCACUGACAACUGUGGGACCUUAUAUAGACAGGUGUGUGCCUUUCCAAAUCAUGUCCAAUUAAUUGAAUUUACCACAGGUGGACUCCAAUCAAGUUGUAGAAACAUCUCAAGGAUGAUCAUUGGAAACAGAUGCACCUGUGCAAAAUUUCGAGUCUCAUAGCAAAGGGUCUGAAUACGGAUGUAAAUAAGGUAUUUCCGUUUAAAAAAUGUAAUCAAUUAGCAAACAUUUCUAAAAACCUGUUUUCGCUUUGUCAUUAUGGGGUAUUGUGUGUAGAUUGCUGAGGAUAUAUAUUUUUUUUCCAUUUUAGAAUAAGGCUGUAACGUAACAAAAUGUGGAAAAAGUCAAGGGGUCUGAAUACUUUCCGAAGGCACUGUAUGGAGAGUCGGCCUGGUGGAUAAGUUUAAGGUCCUUGAAAACAUACAAAAGAGAAAUGAUGCCAUGUUGUUGUCAACCAGGGUGGAGGAUUAAUGUUUUGGAACUGAAAGUGGUUGUGAUGAGGUGGUGUUGAAGGAGUCACACACACACUCUGUGAUGAGGUGGUGUUGAAGGAGUCACACACAGGAGGGUAAAUCACAGAAUAACAGGCUUUAAUCCAUAAAAUACAGGUUUACGCAGAACUGCGUCAAACACACUCCAGGGCACAAAACAGGCACACGGGAAAAUACUCCCGUAGAUACACAAUACACGAGCUCCACCGAGCUUCACUAACCUCCACAAUAAACAAUCACCCACACAGACAAGGAAGCAGAGGGAAAACUUAUACCAUGACUAAUGAGGGAAUAAGGACCAGGUGUGUGUGAUUGAAGACAAGACAAAUGGAGUGAUGAUAAAUGGAUCGGCAGUAGCUAGUAAGCCGGUGACGGCGAACGCCGAAACCUGCCCGAACAAGGAGGGGAGGCAGACAAUGAUUCUGUGGAGAGAGGAAAAUAAGUCCAUGUUGUCACGGAUCUCGAUCUCAAAUAUGUUUUGGUUUUAAAAUCACUUAAAACCUAAAGAGCCAUUCGGCAGUUGAAACAAUAACAAAGUGGAUCCCCGCUACUGUUUCGGUUAGAAGCUGAGUGAUGGGGCUGGAGAAAUGUUACCACUCUCAAAUGUAUAGACAGAGCUAUAAUGGAUGCAGGGUUUGACCAUCCAUGUUCUGAGGUUAAUAUAAUACAGUGUGUGUUCACAUUUACCUUGUUUACAAACAUUGGGGUAAACCAAGCUUAUAUGUUGGGUUCUGAUGCGGUACAACAGUUGAACUCAUGGAUACCAUUUUUAUGUCUAUGCUGCAGUUUGAAUGAAGUUACUAACUGGUGUUGGCGCAAUUGCUAACUAGCAUUAGCGCAAUGACUGGAAGUCUAUGGUGUACGUGUGGCCAUUGUUACCGUAGACUUCCAGUCAUGGCGCUAAUGCUAGUUAGCGUUGGCUCACGCAAACUACCUCUUACUUCCUGCAGAGGCAUAAAUAUGGUAUCCACGAGUUCAUCUGACUCUGGGAAAGUAGAUAAAGGACUUCAUUGCGAAAAUCCCGAAGUGUCCCUAAAGUUUAGGGUUGAGGUUAUCCUCCCUCAGCUCCUCCCAUGGACGCCAUUUUGUUGCUAAAGUCAAUGUGUCCUCCCUCCUAGUUACUCAGUUAUUGACAUGCUACCGUCUGUUUCCUUUGUUCUACCCGAUAGUUACUCAGUUAUUGACAUGCUACUUUCUGUGUCCUGUCUCCUAGUUACCCUGGAGGUCUUAACUCUGGUCCCGGUGGCAUGGGCAUGCCCCCCGACUCCCGCCCCCCUGGUGAAUUCACCCAACCCGCUGCUGCCGCUGCCGCCGCCGCUGUCGCCGCCGCUGCUGCCACGGCGACCGCCACUGCCACGGCAACCGUUGCCGCCAUGCGGCAGGACACACAGAACAAGGAGAUGAACCAAUAUGGACCGGUAUGUUGCAACCAGUCAAGGCUCCUCAGAGUAGGAAAGGGAGGACCAUCCUCCUCAGUGAAUUUCAUACAAAUAAAAAUCGUAAAACAUUAAAAAAGUUAUCCUUUUUAGAUAAAACUAUACUAAAUAUAAUCACGUCACCGAGUAAUUGAUUAAAACACACUAUUUUGCAAUGAAGGUCUCCAGUAGCCUCAGCAGCACUCUGUAGGGUAGCACCAUGGUGUAGCUGGAGGACAGCUGGUUUCCGUCCUCUUCUAGGUACAUUGACUUCAAUACAAAACCUAGGAGGCUCGUAGUUCUCACCCCCUUCCAUAGACUUACACAGUAAUUAUGACAACUUCCGGAGGACGUCCUCCAACCUAUCAGAUCUCUUGCAGCAUGAACUGACAUGUUGUCCACCCAAUCCAAGGAUCAGAGAAUGAAUCUAGUACUGAAAGCAUAAGCUACAGAUAACUAGCACUGCAGUGCAUAAAAUGUGGUGAGUAGUUGACUCAAAGAGAGAGAAAGACAAUAGUUGAACAGUUUUCAACAAAUUAAUUUCUUCAAAAAUGAAAGAGAAGCAAGAGAGAGCUUGAGAGAGAGCUAUAGUUCGUCAUUUAUUUUUAAAUUUCACUUACUUAGCAAACAAAUGCAGCUAGAUAGCUAGUUUAGCCUGCUCGAACAGAGAGAUGCUAUGUUAGCUAGCUAGCUAGUUUAGCCUACUCAAACACCCGGCUCGAACAGAGAGAUGCUAUGUUAGCUAGCUAGCUAGUUUAGCCUACUCAAACACCCGGCUCGAACAGAGAGAUGUUAUGUUAGCUAGCUAGCUAGUUUAGCCUACUCAAACACCCGGCUCGAACAGAGAGAUGUUAUGUUAGCUAGCUAGCUAGUUUAGCCUACUCAAACACCCGGCUCGAACAGAGAGAUGCUAUGUUAGCUAGCUGGCUAUGCCUAUGCAUCACAACAGUCAAGGUAAGCUUUUGGUUUGACUAAUUUAUUGCCACCGGGGUCCCACCGGUGUAACUGCUUACCGACUGUACACUGUAACGUUACUGCGUGAUCGUAGCGGGUUUACUAACACGUUAGUUCUAUUAGCUAUGUUGACAAUGACGUUACUUUAGCUAAUAUGGUGACAAAUAUGGUGACAAAUAUGGUGACAAAUGUGUAGCGGUUAUUAUAUGGUUUGGCUUGGAAAGGUUUUUUCGCCUUGACACAUACAGCUGAUGUGUUGUUCAUUGAAGUCCACAAAAGAAGGGAAAAGGGGAGGGGAGGAAAUAGAAGGAAUUCAAUGUGGCUGCUAUGAAAGUGAACUGUGUUUACGCGUGAUCAGGGGUGCAUUCAUUCCGCCGAUUCUGUUGAAAAGUGUUUCUUAAGCGGAAGCAAACGGAACGAAACGGGGAUAAACAUACCUGAAUUUGUCCAAUAGAAACUCUCUUUGCAACUUGUUGGACUAAUGAUUACACCCUAGAUCAGCUAGAUGCAGGCCAGAGUGUGCAAGGCGGUAUUGAAUGUGUUACUGUCUGUACAUCUGUCACCUCAAAAAAAAAUCUCGACCUGUGGGCACCUACAUUGUAAAGUUUCAUUCAUAGGCUAGGUUUGAGUAGUAGCCUAAACCUAUCUAUGUUACAUUGGGUGAAUGGAAUAUGAAUGACAGUCAUCCAAUAUGCUGUAAUAGAAAUAAAGCCAUGCUCAUGAAAAAAAUAUAUAUUCUUCUGGCACCGACCGCCACUAGUUCACAACGUCCAUACAUACACUAUAUAUACACUAUAUAUAUAGCCCCAAGAUGACCCUGUAUUACCACAAGUAGACAGAUACAACGCACAAACCUACAGAUAUUUUUCUACUUUUGUAUCGAUGGAACCUCAGCAAGUUGAGUGAGCAAAUUAUACAGGGGUGAAUUUCCCUGAAAGCUUUGUACCACUAUGAUCAUCUUUUGUUCAUUGUCUAUUAGGGAAACUCACCCCAAAGCGAUUCACCUAAAUCACAGCAUACCUCGAGAUGUCUAAUAUAUUGGUACCCUUCUCUUACAGAUUAGUUCGUCGUUCCAGAUGGGGCCCAACCAGGCGUACCAGAACCAGUUCAUGAACCAGGGGCCAGGGGGGCCCCGAGGCCCUCCAUCCCUCCCAGGGAACAUGGGCCCCGGCCCCGGCCCUGGCAUGAACCUCUCCCACAUGGGAAUGAACCAGCCCCGGGCCCAGGGGAUGGGGCCCUUUGGGAGCCAGGGGGGCGAGAGGAUGCUCCAGCAGGGAUACCCGGGACCGAGGCCUCAGGGAAUGGGCAUCCAGGGUAUGAAGAGACCCUAUCCUGGAGAGGUGAGUGGAGCUGUGGAGGUGUGGAUCUGGGACCACCAUGACUGGCAGUAGUGCUCACUGUAGAUCAGGGUUCUUCAAUUCCGGUCCUGGAGGGCCGAAACACUUAUGUUUUUUAUUUCUACCUGGUAGUUAAUUGCACUCACCUGGUGUCCCAGGUCUGAAUUAGCCCCUGAUUAGAAGGAGAGGAUGAAACACAGAGGUGUUUCGGCCCUCCAGGACCGGAAUUAAAGAACCCUGCUGUAGAUGCUUGUAUAUUACUCACCAUAGAUGAAGAAGUUGAAUGAAUGUUAAUGUAAUGUUCAUGUAGUGUAAUGUUAAUGUAAUGUAAUGUAAUGUAAUGUUAAUGUAAUGUUAAUGUAAUGUAAUGUAAUGUAAUGUAAUGUUAAUGUAAUGUUAAUGUUAAUGUUAAUGUAAUGUAAUGUAAUGUUAAUGUAAUGUUAAUGUUUAAUGUUAAUGUAAUGUUAAUGUAAUGUUAAUGUAAUGAAAUGUUAAUGUAAUGUAAUGUUAAUGAAGUAGUUUCAUUUCCCAAAAUGUGAAACAAAGUUUGCAUUUCCUUCUCAUUGAACCCCUCAAAGUAUGGCUAUACAGGACUUUGCUGCUGUCGCUGGUCUUUCUCUGUCAUUCUUCCAACUGUUAACGACGAUGAGGUCUUUCUCUGUCAUUCUUCCAACUGUUAACGACGAUGAGGUCUUUCUCUGUCAUUCUUCCAACUGUUAACGACGAUGAGGUCUUUCUCUGUCAUUCUUCCAACUGUUAACGACGAUGAGGUCUUUCUCUGUCAUUCUUCCAACUGUUAACGACGAUGAGUCUUCUCUGUCAUUCUUCCAACGGUUAACGACGAUGAGGUCUUUCUCUGUCAUUCUUCCAACUGUUAACGACGAUGAGGUCUUUCUCUGUCAUUUUUCCAACUGUUAACGACGAUGAGGUAGUGGUGGAGAGUCGACUCCAAGAUAAUUGAUUCCUCGAAUCCUUGCACGCCGAUUCCCGUUGUCAACUCCCAUUUCUGAGUGUCAAGUUUUUGAUUCCUCUGGAAAUCGACUCAUAACAUUCUGUAUUUUUGGAACGGACGAGACUGAUUAGUUGCCGUACUUCCGAGAACACAAAAACUGGCAUCUGUCAUAGCGAGCUAGCGAGGGACAGAGAGUGGGGGGAGGGGCACAGUAUAGGCAGGUCAGCCACCAGACAGACAGUCAGAACCGUGCACUAGGCCUAUCUAUCAGUAUAGGCAGGUCAGCCACCAGACAGUCAGAACUGUGCACUAGGCCUAUCUAUCAGUAUAGGCAGGUCAGCCACCAGACAGACAGUCAGAACCGUGCACUAGGCCUAUCUAUCAGUAUAGGCAGGUCAGCCACCAGACAGACAGUCAGAACCGUGCACUAGGCCUAUCUAUCAGUAUAGGCAGGUCAGCCACCAGACAGACAGUCAGAACCGUGCACUAGGCCUAUCUAUCAGUAUAGGCAGGUCAGCCACCAGACAGUCAGAACUGUGCACUAGGCUAGGGCCUAUCUAUCAGUAUAGGCAGGUCAGCCACCAGACAGGACAGUCAGAACCGUGCACUAGGCCCAUCUAUCAGUAUAGGCAGGUCAGCCACCAGACAGACAGUCAGAACCGUGCACUAGGCCUAUCUAUCAGUAUAGGCAGGUCAGCCACCAGACAGAACCGUGCACUAGGCCUGUCUAUCAGCAAUUAAAAGCUGUAUCUCACAAUGGAAUGCUGUGCCUCGCAAUUUAUUGGCUUGCAAAGCAGGGCCUAUCAUCAAUGAAUAGUUUAGGAUAUUGAGAUGAGCAAGAUCAAAUCAAAUCAAAUUGUAUUUGUCACAUGCGCCAAAGAAAACAGCUGUAGACCUUACAGUGAAAUACUUACUUACAAGCCCUUAACCAACAAUGCAGUUUUAAGAAAGAAUACCAAAAAAAAAAUAUAUAUAUAUAUAUAUACAAUUUAAAAUAAUAUGAAAUAAAAGUAACAAAUAAUUAAAGAGCAGCAGUAAACAUAACAAUAGCGAGGCUAUAUACAGGGGGUACCGGUACAGAGUCAAUGUGAGGGGGCACCGGUUAGUCGAGGUAAUUGAGGUAAUAUGUACAUGUAGGUAGAGUUAUUAAAGUGACUAUGCAUAGAUAAUAAACAGAGUAGCAGCAGCGUAAAAGAGGGGUGGGGCGGCAGUGCAAACAGUCUGGGUAGCCAUGAUUAGCUGUUCAGGAGUCUUAUGGCUUGGGGUUAGAAGCUGUUUAGAAGCCUCUUGGACCUAGACUUGGCGCUCCGGUACUGCUUGCCGUGCAGUAGCAGAGAGAACAGUCUAUGACUAGGGUGGCUGGACUCUUUGACAAUUUUGAGGGCCUUCCUCUGACACCGCCUGGUAUAGAGGUCCUGGAUGGCAGGAAGCUUGGCCCAGUGAUGUACUGGGCCGUACGCACUACCCUCUGUAGUGCCGUGCGGUCGGAGGCCGAGCAGUUGCAUACCAGGCAGUGAUGCAACCAGUCAGGAUGCUCUCGAUGGUGCAGCUGUAGAACCUUUUGAGGAUCUGAGGACACAUGCCAAAUCUUUUCAGUCUCCUUAGGUUUUGGCGUGCCUUCUUCACCACUGUCUUGGUGUGCUUGGACCAUGUUCGUUUGUUGGUGAUGUGGACACCAAGGAACUUGAAGCUCUCAACCUGCUCCACUACAACCCUGUCGAUGAGAAUAGGGGCGUGCUCGGUCCUCUUCUUUUUCCUGUAGUCCACAAUCAUCUCCUUUGUCUUGAUCACGAGGGAGAGGUUGUUAUCCUGGCACCACACGGCCAGGUCUCUGACCUCCUCCCUAUCUUGUUGCUGUCGGUGAUCAGGCCUACCACUGUUGUGUCAUCGGCAAUCUUAAUAAUGGUGUUGGAGUCGUGCCUGGCCAUGCAGUCAUGAGUGAACAGGGAGUACAGGAGGGGACUGAGCAUGCACCCCUGAGGGGCCCCCGUGUUGAGAAUCAGCGUGGCGGAUGUGUUGUUACCUACCCUUACCACCUGGGGGCAGCCCGUCAGGAAGUCCAGGAUCCAGUUGCAGAGGGAGGUGUUUAGUCCCAGGGUCCUUAGCUUAGUGAUGAGCUUUGAGGGCACUAUGGUGUUGAACACUGAGCUGUAGUCAAUGAAUAGCAUUCUCACAUAGGUGUUCCUCUUGUCCAGGUGGGAAAGGGCAGUGUGGAGCACAAUAGAAAUUGCAUCAUCUGUGGAUCUGUUGGGGCGAUAUGCAAAUUGGAGUGGGCCUAGGGUUUCUGGGAUAAUGGUGUUGAUGUGAGGCAUGAGCAGCCUUUCAAAGCACUUCAUUGCUACAGACGUGAGUGCUACGGUUCAGUAGUCAUUUAGGCAGGUUAUCUUAGUGUUCUUGGGCACAGGGACCAUGGUGGUCUGCUUGAAACAUGUUGGUAUUACAGACUCAGACAGGGAGAGGUUGAAAAUGUCAGUGAAGACACUUGCCAGUUGGUCAGCGCAUGCUCGGAGUACACGUCCAGGUAAUCCGUCUGGCACUGCGGCCUUGUGAAUGUUGACCUGUUUAAAGGUCUUACUCACAUCGGCUACGGAGAACGUGAUCACACAGUCAUCCAGAACAGCUGAUGCUCUCAUGCAUGUUUCAGUGUUACUUGCCUCGAAGCGAGCAUAAAAGUAAUUUAGCUCAUCUGGUAGGCUUGUGUCACUGGGCAGCUCGCGGCUGUGUUUCCCUUUGUAGUCUGUAAUAGUUUUCAAGCCCUGCCACAUCUGACGAGCGUCAGAACCGGUGUAGUACGAUUCGAUCUUAGUCCUGUUUGAUGGUUUGUCGGAGGGCAUAGCGGGAUUUCUUAUAAGUUUCCGGGUUAGAGUCCCGCUCCUUGAAAGCGGAAGCUUUACUCUUUAGCUCAGUGCGGAUGUUGCCUGUAAUCCAUGGCUUCUGGUUGGGGUAUGUACGUACAGUCAUUGUGGGGACGACGCCAUCGAUGCCCUAAUUGAUGAAGCCAGUGACUGAUGUGGUGUACUCCUCAAUGCCAUCGGAAGAAUCCCGGAACAUAUUCCAGUCUGUGCUAGCAAAACAGUCCUGUAGCUUAGCAUCUGCUUCAUCUGACCACUUUUUUAUGUUUUUGCUUGUAAGGAAUCAGGAGGAUAGAGUUAUGGUCAGAUUUUCCAAAUGCAGGGCGAGGGAGAGCUUUGUAGCGUCUCUGUGUGUGGAGUAAAGGCAGUCUAGAGUUUUUUUCCCCUCUGGUUGCACAUUUAACAUGCUGGUAGAAAUGAGGUAAAACGGAUUUAAGUUUCCCUGCAUUAAAGUCCCCGGCUACUAGGAGCGCUGCCUCUGGAUGAGCGUUUUCCUGUUUUCUUAUGGCCGUACACAGUUCAUUGAAUGCGGUCUUAGUGCCAGCAUCUGUUUGUGAUGGUAAAUAGACAGCUGCUCUUUAGAUGUGGAAAUUGACCCACUAUGCUGUUUACUUUCUGCAUCUACUUCAUAUGGCUGAGUCUACCUUUAAAUAUAGAACUUCCCCAGGCCUUUAUAGCCUAUCAUCUAGUUAAAUAUAGAACUUUCCCCAGGCCUUUAUAGCCUAUCGUCUAGUUAAAUAUAGAACUUUCCCCAGGCCUUUAUAGCCUAUCGUCUAGUUAAAUAUACAACUUCCCCAGGCCUUUAUAGCCUAUUGUCUAGUUAAAUAUACAACUUCCCCCAGGCCUUUAUAGCCUAUCGCCUAGUUAAAUAUAGAACUUUCCCCAGGCCUUUAUAGCCUAUCGUCUAGUUAAAUAUACAACUUCCCCAGGCCUUUAUAGCCUAUUGUCUAGUUAAAUAUACAACUUCCCCAGGCCUUUAUAGCCUAUCGUCUAGUUAAAUAUACAACUUCCCCAGGCCUUUAUAGCCUAUCGCCUAGUUAAAUAUACAACUUCCCCAGGCCUUUAUAGCCUAUCGCCUAGUUAAAUAUACAACUUCCCCCAGGCCUUUAUAGCAUAUCGCCUAGUUAAAUAUACAGCUUUCCCCAGGCCUUUAUAGCCUAUCAUCUAGUUAGGCUUUAACACUGAAAACAAUAUGUUUUGUGAUAACUGCACUGUGAUAAAAAAAAAAAUACUUCUUAACAUAAAGAAUCCCAAUUUCAUUUAAACUAUUUAUUCCCUUGGACAAUAAUUUUGUAUGUUGUUUUUUACUGAUAUCUUUUGAUUGUACCAAACAUUUUAUUGUAAUACUUGUCCUUCUUUCAUUCCUCCCUAGCCUAACUAUUGUUAGCUUAAUAAUUAUUGUCUAAUCAAUCUAUUACUUGAUAAAAUACUUAACUGUAAUAUUUUUCCUUCUUUUGUUCCCCCCUAUAAAGCCUAACUACGGAGGGCAGCAGUACGGUCCAGGACCAAACAGUCAGGGGUUCCCCCAGCAGCAGAGCCAGUACCCCACCCACACCCCCAACCCCUCCAGGUCACUCCCGUCCCCCAACUACCCAGGCCAGAGGAUGCCUGGUGGGCAGCAGAUCCAGGGCCAGUACCCCCCUCCUGGAGGGGCCAUGGGACAGUACUACAAGGUAAGCCACCAUAGACACUAGUCCAGGGCUCUCCAACCCUGUUCCAGGAGAGAUACCCUCCUGUAGGUUUACAUCUAUCUAGUCCAGGGCUCUCCAACCCUGUUCCUGGAGAGAUACCCUCCUGUAGGUUUACAUCUAUCUAGUCCAGGGCUCUCCAACCCUGUUCCUGGAGAGAUACCCUCCUGUAGGUUUACAUCUAUCUAGUCCAGGGCUCUCCAACCCUGUUCCUGGAGAGAUACCCUCCUGUAGGUUUACAUCUAUCUAGAUCAGGGCUCUCCAACCCUGUUCCUGGAGAGAUACCCUCCUGUAGGUUUACAUCUAUCUAGUCCAGGGCUCUCCAACCCUGUUCCUGGAGAGAUACCCUCCUGUAGGUUUUCACUCUAAUCCCAGUUGUAACUAACCUGAUUCAGUUUAUCAACCAACUAAUUAUUAGACACAGGUGUGCUAGAUCAGGGUUGGAGUGAAAACCUACAGGACGGUAGCUCUCCAGGGUUAGAGAGACAUGCACUAGAGUCCAUAGUGCAGGGGUGUCAAACUCAUUCCAUGGAGGGCCCAGUGUCUGCUGGUUUUUGGGGUUUUGGGUUUUCCUUUCAAUUAAGACCUAGACAACCAGGUGAGGGGAGUUCCUUACUAAUCAGUGACCUUAAUUCAUCCAUCAAGUACAAGGGAGGGUAUCUCUCCAGGAACAGGGUUGGAGAGCCCUGGAACUAGAUAGAUGUAAACCUACAGGAGGGUAUCUCUCCAGGAACAGGGUUGGAGAGCCCUGGACUAGAUAGAUGUAAACCUACAGGAGGGUAUCUCUCCAGGAACAGGGUUGGAGAGCCCUGGACUAGAUAGAUGUAAACCUGCAGACACUCGGCACGCCGUUGAAUGAGUUUGACAUUCGUGCCAAGGUGAGUGACUGCUAACAGUACAUUACCUGUGUACUCAGCGCUGCACCGUUUAUAGCAUAAUAAUAAUUGUAAUCCAAUGUUUUGUCCUGUGUCCCUUUACAGCAAGAGCCUUUCAACGGUCAAAGUAACACCUUUUCUGGGAGUGGAUAUCAGUACAGCCAAGGCAAUAUGAACGGGGUAAGCUUUACUGUCACCUUCCAACCUGCCCAGUGCCCACUCAUAUUCAAAUGUAUGAUACACGAUGAUAUUUGGUACAUUUUAUUUGAUCUAUGCACAGUAGUUAUAUAUUUAUGGUUAUUGAUGCACUUAACUGUAUUGUGAUGUUAUUUGGUUACUUCUUCUACACAAAUAUAAUAUAAUACAUUUAUACAUAUAUAUAUAUAUUUCCAUUUUAAUGUGUUAUAAUCCUUGCAGCCUCCUCGACCGAUGGGUAACUACCCUCACUCCCCCGUGCUUGGCAACCCGACUCCGCCCAUGACCCCAGGAAGUAGUAUCCCUCCAUACCUGUCUCCCAAUCAGGACGUCAAAACCCCCUUCCCUCCAGACAUCAAACCAAAUAUCAUCGCUAUUCCUCCACUUCCAGGUCAGUCUCUCUCUUACUCCCUUUCACACACUCACACUCUCUCUCUCACACACACACUCUCUCUCUCGCUCUCUCACACACUCUCUCUCUCUCUGUCUUCUCUCUCUCUCUCUCUCUCUCUCUCUCUUCUCUCUCCUCUCUCUCUGUCUCUCUGUUCUCUCUCUCUCUUUCUCUCUCUCUCUUCUCUCUCUCUCUCUCUCUCUUCCAUCUCCCUCUAUCAUCCUUCCUCUGCUCUCAUUCUCUCCUCUCGCCGUCUCUCUCUGUCUUGCCACAACAGAGUACUUCCCAUCCCACCUAUCCUCAUGCCCCCAGCCGAUAACCUACUUUAUUGCCCCUUUAUCACUCAACCCUUGUUAUCUUAUACAGAACUUGAAAGGCUUGAAUUAAGGUUCAGUAGAAUUGGUACAGUAUCAAAACCAACCUUUAUUUGAGGAAAAGUCUUUCCUGUCCCAUUUCUCCUUUCCAUGUCUUUUUACUUCUCUUUUUCCUUUCCUAUCCCGAAGGAAAGAGAAGCAGAAAGAAAAGGGAAAAAAAGAAUGAAGAAAACAAGGAAAAAGACGAAGCCCUACUCACCCAAAACCCUAUUCCACCUCUCCCUUCCGCCCUUCCAAACUCCCCCUGCCUCCCCCCCUCCUCCUCCUCCUCCCCCUCCUCCCCUCCUCCACCCAGCCAACCCAAAGAGGGCUACGUCUGACCUUCCCGGUGAGGGAUGGAGUGGUCCUAGAGCCCUUCAGACUGGAGCACAACCUGGCCGUCAGUAACCAUGUCUUCCACCUCCGACCCUCUGUACACCAGACCCUCAUGUGGCGGUAAGAAACCCUCCAUACAUCUAACCCUAAUCCUAAAUACACUAGAACCUGAUGUGGAGGUAAGGACAGUGCCUCUCUGUGGUACAGUACUGUUUGUACACCAUCAAGAUCCUGUUCUAUUACACUAUAGUAUACACCACCAGGUCCUGUUCUAUUACACUAUAGUAUACACCACCAGGUCCUGUUCUAUUACUAUAGUAUACACCACCAGGUCCUGUUCUAUUACUAUAGUAUACACCACCAGGUCCUGUUCUAUUAACACUAUAGUAUACACCACCAGGUCCUGUUCUAUUACACUAUAGUAUAACCACCAGGUCCUGUUCUAUUACACUAUAGUAUACACCACCAGGUCCUGUUCUAUUACACUAUAGUAUACACCACCAGGUCCUGUUCUAUUACACUAUAGUAUACACCACCAGGUCCUGUUCUAUUACUAUAGUAUACACCACCAGGUCCUGUUCUAUUACUAUAGUAUACACCACCAGGAUCCUGUUCUAUUACUAUAGUAUACACCACCAGGAUCCUGUUCUAUUACUAUAGUAUACACCACCAGGAUCCUGUUCUAUUACUAUAGUAUACACCACCAGGUCCUGGUUCUAUUACUAUAGUAUACACCACCAGGUCCUGUUCUAUUACUAUAGUAUACACCACCAGGUCCUGUUCUAUUACAACUAUAUAUACAACCACCAGGUCCUGUUCUAUUACACUAUAGUAUACAACCACCAGGUCCUGUUCUAUUACACUAUAGUAUACACCACCAGGUCCUGUUCUAUUACUAUAGUAUACACACCAGGUCCUGUUCUAUUACUAUAGUAUACACCACCAGGUCCUGUUCUAUUACACUAUAGUAUACACCACCAGGUCCUGUUCUAUUACACUAUAGUAUACACCACCAGGUCCUGUUCUAUUACUAUAGUAUACACCACCAGGUCCUGUUCUAUUACUAUAGUAUACACCACCAGGUCCUGUUCUAUUACUAUAGUAUACACCACCAGGUCCUGUUCUAUUACUAUAGUAUACACCACCAGGUCCUGUUCUAUUACACUAUAGUAUACACCACCAGGUCCUGUUCUAUUACACUAUAGUAUACACCACCAGGUCCUGUUCUAUUACACUAUAGUAUACACCACCAGGUCCUGUUCUAUUACCUAUAGUAUACACCACCAGGUCCUGUUCUAUUACUAUAGUAUACACCACCAGGUCCUGUUCUAUUACAUAUAGUAUACACCACCAGGUCCUGUUCUAUUACACUAUAGUAUACACCACCAGGUCCUGUUCUAUUACACUAUAGUAUACACCACCAGGUCCUGUUCUAUUACACUAUAGUAUACACCACCAGGUCCUGUUCUAUUACCUAUAGUAUACACCACCAGGUCCUGUUCUAUUACACUAUAGUAUACACCACCAGGUCCUGGUUCUAUUACACUAUAGUAUACACCACCAGGUCCUGUUCUAUUACACUAUAGUAUACCACAGGUCCUGUUCUAUUACCUAUAGUAUACACCACCGGUCCGUCUAUUACUAUAGUAUACACCACCAGGUCCUGUUCUAUUACACUAUAGUAUACACCACCAGGUCCUGUUAUAUUACUAUAGUAUACACCACCAGGUCCUGUUCUAUUACACUAUAGUAUACACCACCAGGUCCUGUUAUAUUACUAUAGUAUACACCACCAGGUCCUGUUCUAUUACACUAUAGUAUACACGACCAGGUCCUGUUCUAUUACUAUAGUAUACACCACCAGGUCCUGUUCUAUUACACUAUAGUAUACACCACCAGGUCCUGUUCUAUUACCACUAUAGUAUACACCACCAGUCCUGUUCUAUUACUAUAGUAGACACCACCAGGUCCUGUUCUAUUACACUAUAGUAUACACCACCAGGUCCUGUUCUAUUACACUAUAGUAUACACCACCAGGUCCUGUUCUAUUACUAUAGUAUACACCACCAGGUCCUGUUCUAUUACACUAUAGUAUACACCACCAGGUCCUGUUCUAUUACUAUAGUAUACACCACCAGGUCCUGUUCUAUUACACUAUAGUAUACACCACCAGGUCCUGUUCUAUUACACUAUAGUAUACACCACCAGGUCCUGUUCUAUUACACUAUAGUAUACACCACCAGGUCCGGUUCUAUUACUAUAGUAUACACCACCAGGUCCUGUUCUAUUACACUAUAGUAUACACCACCAGGAUCCUGUUCUAUUACACUAUAGUAUACACCACCAGGUCCUGUUCUAUUACUAUAGUAUACACCACCAGGUCCUGUUCUAUUACACUAUAGUAUACACCACCAGGAUCCUGUUCUAUUACACUAUAGUAUACACCACCAGGUCCUGUUCUAUUACACUAUAGUAUACACCACCAGGUCCUGUUCUAUUACUAUAGUAUACACCACCAGGUCCUGUUCUAUUACACUAUAGUAUACACCACCAGGUCCUGUUCUAUUACUAUAGUAUACACCACCAGGAUCCUGUUCUAUUACACUAUAGUAUACACCACCAGGUCCUGUUCUAUUACACUAUAGUAUACACCACCAGGUCCUGUUCUAUUACACUAUAGUAUACACCACCAGGAUCCUGUUCUAUUACACUAUAGUAUACACCACCAGGUCCUGUUCUAUUACACUAUAGUAUACACCAACCAGGUCCUGUUCUAUUACUAUAGUAUACACCACCAGGUUCCUGUUCUAUUACACUAUAGUAUACACCACCAGGUCCUGUUCUAUUACUAUAGUAUACACCACCAGGUCCUGUUCUAUUACUAUAGUAUACACCACCAGGAUCCUGUUCUAUUACUAUAGUAUACACCACCAGGUCCUGUUCUAUUACUAUAGUAUACACCACCAGGUCCUGUUCUAUUACUAUAGUAUACACCACCAGGUCCUGUUCUAUUACUAUAGUAUACACCACCAGAUCCUGUUCUAUUACACUAUAGUAUACACCACCAGGUCCUGUUCUAUUACACUAUAGUAUACACCACCAGGUCAUGUUCUAUUACACUAUAGUAUACACCACCAGGUUCUGUUCUAUUACACUAUAGUAUACACCACCAGGUCCUGUUCUAUUACUAUAGUAUACACCACCAGGUCCUGUUCUAUUACUAUAGUAUACACCACCAGGAUCCUGUUCUAUUCUAUAGUAUACACCACCAGGUCCUGUUCUAUUACUAUAGUAUACACCACCAGGAUCCUGUUCUAAAUUACUAUAGUAUACACACCAGGUCCUGUUCUAUUACUAUAGUAUACACCACCAGGUCCUGUUCUAUUACACUAUAGUAUACACCACCAGGUCCUGUUCUAUUACACUAUAGUAUACACCACCAGGUCCUGUUCUAUUACUAUAGUAUACACCACCAGGUCCUGUUCUAUUACUAUAGUAUACAACACCAGGUCCUGUUCUAUUACACUAUAGUAUACACCACCAGGUCCUGUUCUAUUACUAUAGUAUACACCACCAGGUCCUGUUCUAUUACACUAUAGUAUACACCACCAGGUCCUGUUCUAUUACACUAUAGUAUACACCACCAGGUCCUGUUCUAUUACACUAUAAUAUACACCACAGGUCCUGUUCUAUUACACUAUAGUAUACCACCACCAGGUCCUGUUCUAUUACUAUAGUAUACACCACCAGGUCCUGUUCUAUUACACUAUAGUAUACACGACCAGGUCCUGUUCUAUUCCUAUAGUAUACACCACCAGGAUCCUGUUCUAUUACACUAUAGUAUACACCACCAGGUCCUGUUCUAUUACUAUAGUAUACACGACCAGGUCCUGUUCUAUUACACUAUAGUAUACACCACCAGGUCCUGUUCUAUUACUAUAGUAUACACCACCAGGUCCUGUUCUAUUACACUAUAGUAUACACCACCAGGUCCUGUUCUAUUACUAUAGUAUACACCACCAGGUCCUGUUCUAUUACACUAUAGUAUACACCACCAGGUCCUGUUCUAUUACUAUAGUAUACCACCACCAGGUCCUGUUCUAUUACUAUAGUAUACACCACCAGGUCCUGUUCUAUUACUAUAGUAUACACCACCAGGUCCUGUUCUAUUACUAUAGUAUACACCACCAGGUCCUGUUCUAUUACUAUAGUAUACACCACCAGGUCCUGUUCUAUUACUAUAGUAUACACCACCAGAUCCUGUUCUAUUACACUAUAGUAUACACCACCAGGUCCUGUUCUAUUACACUAUAGUAUACACCACCAGGUCCUGUUCUAUUACUAUAGUAUUACACCACCAGGUCAUGUUUUAUUACACUAUAGUAACACACCAGGUCCUGUUCAUUACUAUAUAUACACCACCAGGAUCCUGUUCUAUUACACUAUAGUAUACACCACCAGGUCCUGUUUUAUUACACUUUGUUAUACACCACCAGGUCCUGUUCUAUUCACUAUGUAUACACCCCCAGGUCCUGUUUUAUUACACUAUAGUAACACCACCAGUCCGUUCUAUUACUAAUUUACACCACCCAGGUCAUGUUCUAUUACACUUAGUAUACACCCCCACCAGGUCCUGUUCUAUUACACUAUAGUAUACACCACCAGGUCCUGUUCUAUUACUAUAGUAUACACCACCAGGUCCUGUUCAUUACACUAUAGUAUACACCACCAGGUCCUGUUUAUUUCACUAUAGUAUACACCACCCGGGCCUGUUCUAUUACACUAUAGUAUACACACCAGGUCCUGUUCUAUUACUAUAGUAUACACCACCAGGUCCUGUUCUAUUAACUAUAGUAUACACCACCAGGUCCUGUUCUAUUAACUAUAGUAUACACACCCAGGUCCUGUUCUAUUACUAUAGUAUUACACCACCAGGUCCUGUUCUAUUACACUAUAGUAUACACCACCAGGUCCUGUUCUAUUACUAUAGUUAUACACCACCAGGUCCUGUUCUAUUACUAUAGUAUACACCACCAGGUCCUGUUCUAUUACUACUAGUAUUACACCACCAGGAUCCUGUUCUAUUACCUAUAGUAUACACCACCAGGUCCUGUUCUAUUACACUAUAGUAUACACCACCAGGUCCUGUUCUAUUACUAUAGUAUACACCACCAGGUCCUGUUCUAUUACUAUAGUAUACACCACAGGUCCUGUUCUAUUACACUAUAGUAUACACCACCAGGUCCUGUUCUAUUACACUUAUAGUAUACACCACCAGGUCUGUUCUAUUACUAUAGUAUACACCCACCCGGAUCCUGUUCUAUUACACUAUAGUAUACACCACCAGGUCCUGUUCUAUUACACUAUAGUAUACACCACCAGUCCUGUUCUUUACACUAUAGUAUACACCACCAGGAUCCCGUUCUAUUACUAUAGUAUACACCACCAGGUCCUGUUCUAUUACACUAUAGUAACACCACCAGGUUGUUCUAUUACACUAUAGUAUACCCACCAGGUCCUGUUCUAUUACACUAUAGUAUACACCACCAGGAUCCUGUUUAUUACACUAUAGUAUCACCCAACCAGGUCCUGUUCUAUUACAAAUAUAGUAUACACCACCAGGUCUGUUCUAUUACACUAUAGUAACACCACCAGGUCCCGUUCUAUACUAUAGUAUACACCACCAGGUCCUGUUCUAUUACACUAUAGUAUACACCACCAGGUCCUGUUCUAUUACACUAUAGUAUACACCACCAGGAUCCUGUUCUAUUACACUAUAGUAUUUCACCACCAGGUCCUUUCUAUUACUAUAGUAUACAACCACCAGGUCCUGUUCUAUACACUAUAGUAUACACCCCCCAGGUCCUGUUCUAUUACUAUAGUAUCACCACCAGGUCCUGUUUAUUACACUAUAGUUACACCCACCAGGUCCUGUUCUAUUACUAUAGUAUACACCCACCAGGUCCUGUUCUAUUACACUAUAGUAUACACCACAGGUCCUGUUCUAUUACUAUAGUAUACACCAACCAGGUCCUGUUUCUAUUACACUAUAGUAUACACCACAGGUCUGUUCUAUUACACUAUAGUAUACACCACCAGGUCCUGUUCUAUUACACUAUAGUAUACACCACAGGAUCCUGUUCUAUUACACUAUAGUAUACACCACCAGGAUCCUGUUCUAUUACACUAUAGUAUACACCACCCAGGUCCUGUUCUAUGUACUAUAGUAUACACCACCAGGUCCUGUCUAUUACACUAUAGUAUACACCACCAGGUUCCUGUUCUAUUACUAUAGUAUACACCACCAGUCCUUGUUCUAUUACACUAUAGUAUACACCACCAGGUCCUGUUCUAUUACUAUAGUAUACACCACCAGGUCCUGUUCUAUUACACUAUAGUAUACACCACCAGGUCCUGUUCUAUUACACUAUAGUAUACACCACCAGGUCCGUUCUAUUACUAUAGUAACACCACCCAGGUCCUGUUCUAUUACACUAUAGUAUACACCACCAGGUCCUGUUUCUAUUACACUAUAGUAUACACCACAGGUCCUGUUACUAUUACACUUAGAUAACACCACCAGGUCCUGUUCUAUUACACUAUAGUAUACACACCAGGUCCUGUUCUAUACUAUAGUAUACACCACCAGGUCUGUUCUAUUACUAUAGUAUACACCACAGGUCCUGUUCUAUUACUAUAGUAUACACCACCAGGUCCUGUUCUAUUACACUAUAGUAUACACCACCAGGUCCUGUUCUAUUACUAUAGUAUACACCACCAGGAUCCUGUUCUAUUACUAUAGUAUACACCACCAGGUCCUGUUCUAUUACACUAUAGUAUCACAGGCAGUGGACAGAAUCAUUUUGGAAUUACAGAUACACUAGCUAGUUAGCGUUACAGAUACACUAGCUAGUUAGCGUUACAGAUACACUAGCUAGUUAGCGUUACAGAUACACUAGCUAGUUAGCGUUACAGAUACACUAGCUAGUUAGCGUUACAGAUACACUAGCUAGGUAGAGUUACAGAUACACUAGCUAGUUAGCGUUACAGAUACACUAGCUAGUUAGCGUUACAGAUACACUAGCUAGUUAGCGUUACAGAUACACUAGCUAGUUAGCGUUACAGAUACACUAGCUAGUUAGCGUUACAGAUACACUAGCUAGUUAGCGUUACAGAUACACUAGCUAGUUAGCGUUACAGAUACACUAGCUAGGUAGAGUUACAGAUACACUAGCUAGUUAGCGUUACAGAUACACUAGCUAGUUAGCGUUACAGAUACACUAGCUAGUUAGCGUUACAGAUACACUAGCUUUGGCCAAGCCUUCCGCUAGAGCGAAUGCAAGCUUACAGGUGAACUAACAGGUUCUCUUCCUCUGUCCCCCUGCAGGUCAGAUCUGGAGCUGCAGUUUAAAUGCUACCAUCACGAGGACCGACAGAUGAACACCAACUGGCCCGCCUCGGUCCAGGUCAGUAAGAACAGCACGCACACACAUACAGUGCCUUCAGAAAGUAUUCAUACCCCUUGACUUAUUCCACAUUUUGUUGUUGUUACAGCCUGAAUUCUAAAUGGAUUCAAUGUUGUUUUUUCUCACCCAUCUACAUACAAUGACAAAGUGAAAACAUGUUUUUUUUUUAUGUUUGCAAAUGUGUAUUGAAAAUUAAAUACAGAAAUAACUCAUUUACUUAAGUAUUCACACCCCUGAGUCAAUACAUGUUAGAAUCACCUUUGGCAGCGAUUACAGCUGUGAGUCUUUCUGGGUAAGUCUCUAAGAGCUUUGCACACCUGGAUUGUACAAUAUUUGGCCAUUAUUCUUUUCAAAAUUCUUCAAGCUCUGUCAAAUUGGUUGUUGAUCAUUGCUAGACAACCAUUUUCAGGUCUUGCCAUAGAUUUUCAAGUAGAUUUAAGUCAAAACUGUAACUCGGCCACUCAGGAACAUUUACUGUCUUCUCGGUAAGCAACUCCAGUGUAGAUUUGGCCUUGUGUUUUAGGUUAUUGUCCUGCUGAAAGGUGAAUUCAUCUCCCAGUGUCUGGUGGAAAGCAGACUGAACCAGGUUUUCCUCUAGGAUUUUGCCUGUGCUUAGCUUUUAUCCUGAAAAACUCCCCAGUCCUUAACGAUUACAAGCAUACCCAUAACAUGAUGCAGCCACCACUAUGCUUGAAAAUAUGAGGAGUGGUACUCAGUAAUGUGUUGUAUUGGAUUUGCCCAAAACAUUACAUUUUGUAUUCAGGACAAAAAGUGAAUUGCUUUGCCACAUUUUCUGAAAUAUGACUGUAGUGCCUUGUUGCCAACAGGAUGCAUGGUUUGGAAUAUUUAUAUUCUGUACAUGCUUCCUUCUUUUCACUCUGUCAUUUAGGUUAGUAUUGUGGAGUAACUACAAUGUUGUUGAUCCAUCCUCAGUUUUCUCCUAUCACAGCCAUUAAACUCUGUCUGUUUUAAAAUCAUCAUCGACCUCAUGGUGAAAUCCCUGAGCGGUUUCCUUCCUCUCCGGCAACUGAGUUAGGAAGGAUGCCUGUAUCUUUGUAGUUACUGGGUGUAUUGAUACACCAUCCAAAGUGUAAUUAAUAACUUCACCAUGCUCAAAGGGAUAUUCAAUGUCUGCUUUUUUAUUUUUACCCAUCUACCAAUAGGUGCCCUUCUUUGCGAGGCAUUGGAAAACCUCCCUGGUCUUUGUGGUUGAAUCUGUGUUUGAAAUUCACUGCUUGACUGAGGGACCUUACAGAUAAUUGUAUGUGUUGGUACAGAGAUGAGGUAGUCACUCAAAAAUCAUGUUAAUCACUAUUAUUGCACAUAGAGUGAGUCCAUGCAACUUAUUAUGUGACUUGUUAAGCACAUGUUUACUCCUGAAUUGAUUUAGUCUUGCCAUCCCAAAGGGGUUUAAUACUUAUUGACUCAAGACAUUUCAGCUUUGAAUUUUUUAUUAAAUUGAAAAAAAAAACGGAAAAAAACAUAAUUCCACUUUGGCAUUAUGGGGUAUGGUGUGUAGGCCAGUGACAAAUCCAUUUUAAAUUCAGGCUGUAACACAAUAAAAUGUCAAGAAAGUCAAGGGGUGGGAAUACUUUCUGAAGACACACACACACCACACACACACACACACACACACACACACUAACUGUCCUUAGUAUCCUUCCUCUCUGCAGGUCAGCGUGAACGCCACUCCCCUCACCAUCGAGCGCGGCGACAACAAGACGUCCCACAAGCCCCUGCACCUGAAACACAUCUGCCAACCAGGAAGGAACACCAUCCAGAUCACAGUCACCGCCUGCGGCGGGGGGAGGACGGGACGGACAACAACAACAACGACGACGAGGACGACAACAAACGAUGGACGAGACGACCACGACGACGACGAAGACGACGACGACGACGACGACGACGACGACGAGGAGGACGACGACGACGACGACGACGACGACGACGACGACGACGACGACGACGAGGACGACGACGAGGGAC